AUGAUCGCAAUAGAAGCUGAACAGCAGGCGUUGCCCAAGGACGACAUGAUCCAGAAGGCGGAGCCGACAACGUCACAAAGAACGCUGACUCGAUCGAGCGCCAUCAGCCAAAAGUCAGUGGACGUUAUCGUUCACCCAGAGAGCUCGAACAAUCCUCUUUACAGAUCGAAGCUCGCGCCGGUCAGGUCGUCGUCAGAAACCCAACCGGGCAAGAAGACGAUUACUUUGAGGAAAACAAAAAAUUCGUCAAUAGAAUCAACGAUGAGCCUUCCAAACCAGAAGUCUUUGGAGAAGAAGCACGGCGGGCUGCGGCACCAGAAGGCGGUGGGGGCGCAGUCGGACAUCACGCUCACCACGCAGACAUCCAUCACGGACGACCGGAAGGCGUUGAGGGAAGCAUUGUAUCAGGGUAUAUUUCAUAGGCACAGGAGGACGAUUUUCGCGGUCGGCUCCUUCCUCAGGAUGCUAAGGAGCAAAACUUCGAACUACGACUCAAUAAGGUCGGAUUCUGACGAGAUAUAGCACCAGGAUAUUAGUGCAUUAAACGAUGGUGCCAUAGACUGAUUGUGCUUAUAAUAUUAGUUAGUUAUUUAAUACGAUGUUAACUAGAUUAUUAAGGGUAUUAUGUUCAACUUUUAUAUUAAAAUGUUCCUAAUUA